GUGAUCCAAAAUGACCUCGCCGAACCGACCUUUGCGUCUAUGGGAACCUGUGCCCGAGCCGCCGACAAAGCUUGGACGGUACCGCAAGCUUGCACCCCUUGCAGGCAUCCACGUCUCCCCCAUUUGUCUUGGCGCGAUGAGCAUCGGAGACCAGUUGGGCAAUUUCAAGUUGCUUGACGCCUUCUAUGCCGCCGGUGGCAACUUCAUAGAUACAGCGAACAAUUACCAAGAUGAGACAUCAGAGAAAUUCAUCGGCGAGUGGAUGGAGACGCGGUGCGUGCGAGACCAAAUGGUUGUCGCAACGAAGCAGACGCACUACAUAGGGAAUAACAUGAAAUCACUAUACUUGUCUGUCGAGGCGUCACUCAAGAAACUUCGCACAGAGUACAUUGAUAUUCUUUAUCUGCAUUGGUGGGACUGGGAUUGCGGUGUCGAACACAAAGGAAGGUUCUCUAUCUGGUAUGGGAUCUCUGAUACUCCAGCCUAUAUUGUUGCUAAAGCGAACAUGUAUGCGCGACUCACAGGGAAGACACCUUUUGUCAUCUACCAAGGUGCCUGGAGCAUCUUACAGCGCGAUUUCGAGCGCGAGAUCAUCCCAAUGGUUCGCGAUGAAGGCAUGGCGCUUGCCCCCUGGAACGUCCUCGCCGCGGGUAAGAUCCGCUCCGACGCGGAAGAAGAGCGUCGGGAACAGACUGGCGAGAAGGGCCGCAGGGUAUGGAACGACGCGUGGAAGCGGACGCCCGACGAGCGUAAAGUCUGCCAAGCGCUUGAGAAGGUCGCCGCCGAGGUGAACGCCAAGAGCAUCACGUCCGUGGCGAUUGCGUACGUCAUGCAGAAGACGCCGUAUGUCUUCCCGAUUGUCGGCGGGCGUAAAAUCGAGCAUCUGAUGGACAACAUCGACGCGCUGAACAUCGCUCUGAGUCUGGAGCAGAUUGCGUAUCUAGAUGGCGUGCUGCCGUUCGAUGUAGGGUUCCCGGGGAGCAUUAUUGGCAAUGGAUCUGCGUACAGGCUCCCAUACUUGUCGACUGGCGCGUUCGAUAAGUGGCCGUACCUUGAGGCGAUUCGUCCCGCAAAGUAG